AUGGUUGCUCCAGAUCCGAGGAUAGAACCAUAUCUUAAGCAAAGUGGUUUUUGGCAUGUUGCUCAGAUGGUUGCUCCACCCACUCAUAGUGUACUUGUAGAGCGUUGGAGGUCUGAGUCACAUACAUUCCAUCUUCCAUUCAGAGAAUGUACAAUUGGUUUGGAGGAUGUUGUGUUUCAAUUAGGCUUGCGUGUUGAUAGACUCCCUAUGAGUGGGUAUACAUUUGGAGCAUUACCCCAUAAUGCUUAUGAGGAGACUAUUAUCCGUUAUACCAGAGCAUACAUAAUGAUUCUAUUGGGCGGAGUAUUGUUCUCAGAUAAAUCUAGUUUUAGGGCAUGGUACAAAAUACCUCAAUUGGCCCCUCGACACCAUCAUCCACUCACUUUUCCACUAACAUUGAGGUGGAAAAGUUAUAGGUCAUCAACGAGAUUACACAUAGAUAAGUUGUUGCGAUAUAGGAGGAUCAUUGAUUCAAUUGGCAUUAAUGGGUUUAGGUGGAUGCCCUACAACAACAAUAAGGUGAGGAAUCUUACACCUCGUUUUGUUUAUGAUGAGGCUGAUAUAUGGGCAUUUGUGACUGCUCUUAUCCAGUUUGCUGUGAUUGAGUGGCAUCCAGCUGAUCACGUGGUUCAACAAUUUGGUGGAGCACAACACAUAAGAAUCGUCCCCAUAAACAUUGAUCAAUUGCACGCUAAGGAUGGAAGGGGUGAUCUAGAUAUUUGGUGGUCUGAGUAUCAUGUGACAUGGCAUGCUGCAUGGGAGGCACGUAGGGAGUGA